AUGAACUACAUCAGUCAGCUUUCCCAAGGUGCACAAAUGGCCGAACGUCUCUCAAUUGAUAAUAUUAGAAGCGAAUUCACAAACUUCCAAUCAAGGUUGUCAACUCUGCGCCCUCCUCAAGAGUUUCUAAACAUCAAAAAGAUAUCAAAGCCUCAGAACUUCGGCGAGGUCCAAUCUAGGGUAUCUUACAACUUGAGACACUUUUCUACAAACUACAUCGCUAUUAUCCUGGUUUUGUUCAUCUACACUCUCUUAACAAACCUGCUAUUGUCCUUUGUCCUUCUAGUCGCCGUUGUCGGUGUCAUGGGCAUUAAUAGAUUACAAGGUGCCGACCUCAAUACUCCAUUCGGACCCAUCACUACUUCACAGCUAUACACAGGGUUACUAUUUAUUACUAUUCCACUCGGGUUCUUUGCUUCCCCAAUCUCAACAUUGAUGUGGCUCAUAGGUCUCUCCGCGGUAAUUGUAUUCUCCCAUGCAUCCUUUAUGGAGAAGCCAAUUGAGUCGGUAUUCGAAGAAGAGACUGUUUAA